GCUGCUACCAUUAUAAAGGGCCGGUUAGGUUCACCUCGCCGCACGAAGAAAAAGUGGGUAGGGAAGAAAGAAGAGGUAAGCCUGAUGGAUAACAACAGUAACGGUGAUCCGAACCCGGGCGGCGGGGCUCCACCGCUGAAGGGCUACGCUCUAAGCGGCAAGAUUAUGCUCACCGCCAUCGUCGUCCUCUUCACCGCCGUCCUCCUUAUCGUCUUCCUCCACCUCUACCUCCGGUGGCGCGUCCUCCGCCGCUCCUCCUCAGCGCGCCGUCGACGGAGGCGACGGCUCGUCUUCGCCGGCGAGGACCAGAUCUUCCGGUCCCCCGCCGAUCGUGGGUUAGCUGCUGAUGUUCUCAAAUCUCUUCCCGUCUUUGUGUUCUCUGUCCGCGGCGGCGGCGAGGGGGAUGAGGUGGUGGAGUGCGCGGUGUGCCUGGCGGAGUUCGAGGAGGGUGAGAAGGUGCGCUCCCUCCCGCGGUGCGGUCACCGAUUUCAUAUCGAGUGCAUCGACAUGUGGUUCCGGUCCCACGCCACCUGCCCCCUCUGCCGCACCGCCGUGGAGGCGGCGCCUCCGCCGGUGAAUAGCACCAUCUCCGUGCAGGUAUCAGCGUCGGAGCCGCCCCCGCCGCCGCCGGCGGAGCGCUCCACUUUGGCCUCCGAUUUGUGCAACAGGUGCGGCGGGGAGGAGGGGAUCGGGUCUUCCUCAGCUGAUUUGGGAGGUACGGAGCUGAGGAUCGAGGUGCCGGCGAGGAGGGGCGAGGGUUUUAGGGGGUCGGAGGAGGAGCUGGGUUUAGGGUUAGGGUUGGGCUCGCCGGGGGGACCGGGGAUGAAGUCACCGGGGAGCCGGAUUCUGCUGCUGAGGAGGCUCCUGAGUAAGGAUUUGAGGCCCUAUCGCGGCGGGAGUUCCGGGGCGGAGCCGGAUUUGGAGCGAGGGGAAGGGGCGGAGCAAUCUUCUCCGCCGUCUCAUUCUCCGUCGACACCGACACCGCCACCGCCACCGCCGGCAGCGGCGGUUUGAGAUGGAAUCGGAGACGUGGCGGAAUCGCAGUCGUCGGUGCGCGCGUAGCGAGUCGGAUCCGAGAGUAUAACCGUAUAAGUGUAAAGAUUCCUUUAUUGGUUUGUCUUUUUUGACUUCUAACACGGAGAGGAUGGAGUAGCGAAAAACAGGGAAGAGGGAAAGGGUUUGCUUGGUGGACUGGUGUGUGGUUGUAAUGGGCUUGCUUGUUAUUUCGUGAUUACGAUUUACGAUCUUCAAAAUGGAAGUCGUCGCACGGUUUGCAAAUGCGCGUCCGACACGUUUAUGUUCGGUCA